AUGCUGUUCAAAAGCUUUCUUCUGCUGAGCGUCUUUGCUGUCGCCUGCUACGGACAAUCGAAAGUACCCGUAUAUGUGUACUAUGAAUCGCUCUGCCCGGAUAGUGCAAGGUUCGUCAACGAACAGCUGUACCCGGUGGCUAAGACGUUCAAGAAGAAUCUAGAGCUUCAUCUGGUCCCGUUCGGCAAGUCCACCUAUACGACGCAAGGCUCGGAGGUGAUGUUCACGUGUCAUCAUGGUGAAAACGAGUGCUACGGUAACAAGGUGCACGCCUGUGCUAUCCAGCACAUUCAGGGUAACUCGUAUCAGCCGAACAUUUCGAAGGAAGAUCUUACACUCGACUACGUCAACUGUCUGAUGCAUCGGGCCCAGCUGAAGGAUGGUGCGUUCCCGACCAAGCGCUGCGCCGAUGAGGUGAAAAUUGAUCAGUGGCAAGCUAUCAUGGAUUGUGCGAACAGUACCGAAGGUAGCCAGCUGCUGAAGCAACAUGGUGAUAUGACCAACAAAUUGCAAUCGCCACUCAAGAGUGUCCCCACUGUUGCCUUUAAGCAGACAUACGAUGAUGAACUGCAGAAACUGUCUGUGAGCAGCUUCCGUCAUGCACUGUGCAAAAACCUUAGUCCACAACCUGUCGAAUGUCUCGACCUUCCAUCAGCCGCCACGGUGGUCAGUUCGUUCGGUAUGCUCGUCGCUGUUGCCGCCACCCUCGUUGCCAGACUGUUCUAA